AUGACAGAGCCUCGUAUUGCCUUCAAAGCUGGCCGUUGUUUCCGCCGGGGAGGGACAAAUUUUAUCGACGCAAAUCCCACUAAAGGUGCUAUCAUCUUGCUGAACGGAGAGGACGGGCUUCUGCAUUUCAUUUGGAAGAACAGAGUCACGAACGAUGUGGAGGAGGAUCUCAUCCUCUUCCCUUCCGAUGCAACCUUCAACAAGGUAGAACAGUCAGCGUGGGGCCGAACAUAUGUCCUCAAGUUCUCCUCGUCCAACCAACGACACUUCUUCUGGAUGCAGGAUGCAGAUUCGAGUAGAGAUGCGGAGUUUGUCAGUAACGUGAACAGGCUCUUGGUCGACCCGCAAACUAUUCCCAUCUGGUGGGCGCCUGGCUACAACCCGAACCAAGGUGCUGAAGCAUCGACAUCGUCGGCGUCGGCUGCUGCACCUGCUGCACCUUCCGCACCUGCGACCUCGUAG